CCCAAGUAAACCCGGCUACUGCUGCUCUUUACACUCGCUGUGAUGUUGACUUUUCCGUGUCUCGGCGACGAAUGGCGUCACUUUUGUCGCGUUUGGAAACCCGACUUUAAGCCACACUGCCACAGGUCCAGCGAUGUCGGUGUCACAGACGGAAUGCGAUAUCUUGACGUGCCCAACUUUGCAUGUUUGGAAACUGUGUCCUGUAAUAGUAGCGGGGGGGAUGUGUUAUUGUUUUGUUGUGUAUGAUGUUGUUAUCCAUAAUUCAGAAGUCUAAAGCGUUGCUUGGUGUUGGAGCCAAUACAGAAGGUUUAGUAAACACCGUGGAAGGAGCAAAAGGACAACAGAAUGAUGUGCCCAAGCAGACAACGAAUUUUGCACCGGAAAUAUCCACCGAACAACUCAAGGAAAUUGUUUACGAUCACAUAAAGACAAUUCGGGAUCCUGAGAAGCCAGCCACCCUGGAAGAUUUGCAUGUUGUUGAUGAAGAUUGUGUAAGAGUUGAAUCUAGUCCAGAUAAUGAUGUGUACUCAGUUCAUAUUGAAUUUAUUCCUACUGUGCCUCACUGCUCAUUGGCUACUCUUAUAGGCCUCUGUAUUCGCAUAAAACUGGAAAGGAACCUUACAGAAAAAUUCAAACUGGAUAUCAGCAUAAAAGAAGGGACACAUUCUACAGAAGGUGAAAUAAAUAAACAAAUAAACGACAAAGAAAGGAUAGCUGCAGCAAUGGAAAAUCCAAACCUAAGAGAAAUUGUUGAAUCUUGCAUUGAUGACGAAAAAGACUGAAGUUAUAUUGUAAAUGGACUGAUGAUUUUGUUUUUUAAAAAAAUAAUGCAGAUGUAAGUUAUUUUCUUGAUUAAAAGUGUGAGUUAACCUAA